CUAGAGCGGAAGUGGAGGAGCAGCCGGAAGUAGCCGGAAACUCAGUCAGACAGACUUUGACAAGGGCCGGAGCUGCACAGAGGAGGUGGUCAGCCAUGGAGCUGGGCGAGCUGCUCUACAACAAGUCUGAGUACAUUGAAACGGCAUCUGGGAACAAAGUUAGUCGGCAGUCAGUGCUGUGUGGAAGCCAGAACAUUGUCCUCAAUGGCAAGACCAUCGUGAUGAAUGACUGUAUUAUCCGAGGGGAUCUGGCAAACGUAAGAGUUGGACGCCAUUGUGUUGUGAAAAGUCGUAGUGUCAUAAGGCCACCAUUCAAGAAAUUCAGCAAAGGAGUUGCUUUCUUUCCUUUACAUAUUGGGGACCAUGUCUUUAUUGAGGAAGAUUGUGUGGUCAACGCAGCUCAGAUUGGCUCUUAUGUUCAUGUUGGAAAGAACUGUGUGAUUGGACGCCGGUGUGUUUUGAAAGACUGUUGCAAAAUUCUUGACAACACAGUAUUACCCCCAGAAACUGUGGUCCCACCAUUCACCGUCUUCUCAGGCUGCCCAGCCCCCAUUUUUUAAUACAGAGACAUAGGGUUGCAGGAAAACUGGCACAUUUUGGGAAGGCAGCACAGCAUGAAAUUGAGUCAUCCAACAAAAUGAAAGGCAAACCAUCCCGGAGGAAUCUGGGUCAGGAGCCAAAAACUCAGAUGCCUACAGGAGCCAGGAAGAUAAUGUGAAUGAACGAAGUAGUAGCUGUCAUAGCCAUCUAAGAAUUUUGAGAUCUUCUAAUGUUUUAAGAGGAACUAAAAAUCUGAAUUUUUAUGUGAAAUCUCAGAACUUAUAAAUGUUGGCUACUAAUUUUUAAAAACAUGUUAAAUAUUAUGCAGACCCAACAUAUGUUUGCAAGUCUAACACGAGCAGCUAAUUUGCAAAGGGUGUCUAUAAGAAUUUUGUAUUUUUUAGACUAUUUUUUCUAUCCUGUCGUACAUGCUGUAUGUAUGUACACGAAAAUAUGGGGAGAGGGGUAUAUAUAAUAUGGAUAUAUGAACUGUUAAUGCCUAUAUAAACAGAAUCACAUUCUCUAUACCACACUCUAAAUUGUUAUAAAACUUCCUUUCUUAACAACAUGUCUUGGAAAUUUUUUCUUAUCAGUGUAUAGAUACUCCAUUCAUUUUAAUGGUUACAUUUUUUUUUUUUUUUGGCAAAGUGAAAGCCAUUAUUAUUAUUUAUACAAAGCAAACAGUAAACAAUAACUGCAGAUUCUCACAAGGAGGACCACUUGCCCUCCCCAGAAUUCCCCUUGUCCAUUUUUAUGUCACUGGGCAGGCACACCAUUGUUCAGGUCAGAUGCUGAAUUCACGUCACCACUGCCUCCAGCUACCACCAUGUGGCUCAGGGGGUCUGCACAGUUCCCAAGGCUUCUGCUCUGCCACUGGGCCUUGCUAGCCUGUGCUGCCCACUCCUGCCAUGCUACCCAGGCCUGUGGGGCUCUCUUGCUGCCACACUGCUUGCGGGGGAGGCAUGCAACCCCUGCACAGGGCAGACUAGGGCCUCUCUUGCCCUUCACAAGCAUUAUGGCUCUUUUAGCUCUGCUGGCAAUUGUCCUGCCCAGAGGCAUGUGUCUCUGCCAUGCCGUGGGGAGACUCCUGCACAGGGCACACUCAGGCCUCUUCCCUGCAUAACCCAUCCCAGUGCUGUUGAGUCGAUUCCGACUCAUAGCAACUCUAUAGGACAGAGUAGAACUGUCCCAUGGAGUUUCCAAGGAGCAACGUUAACAGCUCUUUUAGCUCCACUGACAAGCCUCCUGCUCAAGGGUGCUCAGCUCCCACCUGGUGAGCUGGCAAGCCCACCACUACUGUCUCUCACCAUCUUGUGCCAUCAUCAGUGUUACAGCUCUUUCUUCUGGGUCUAGGAGGUUCUCAGAGCAGCGACCCCAGGUCCAAAGGAUGUGCUCUGCUCCAGACUCUUCUUUUUUUUUUCUGUCUCUCUUUUUUUCUUAAUUGUACUUUAGAUGAAGGUUUACAAAACAAACUAGUUUCUUAUUAAACAGUCAGUACACAUAUUGUUUUAUGACAUUGGUUAACAGCCCCACGACACGUCAACACUGUCUCUUCUCAACCUUGGAUUCCCUCUUACGAGCUUUCCUGUCCCCUCCAGCCUUCUAGUCCUUGCCCCAGGGCUUGUGCACCCCUUUAGUCUUUAUGGGCGUGUCCAAUCUUUGGCUGAAGGGCGAACCUCAGGAGUGAUUCCAUUACUGAGUCGAAAGGGUAUUUGGGAGCCAUACUCUCAGGCCUUCUCCAGUCUCUUUCAGGCCAGCAAGUCUGGUCUUUCUUUUUGAGUUAGAAUUUUGUUCUACAUUUUUCUACAGCUCUGUCCAGGACCCUCUAUUGUGAUCCCUGUCAGAGCAGUCAGUGGUGGGAGCCAGGCACCAUCUAGUUGUACUGGACUCAGUCUGGUGGAGUCUGUGGUAGAUGUGGUCCAUCAGUCCUUUGGGCUAAUCUUUCCCUUGUUUCUUUAGUUUUCUUCCUUAUUACUUGCUCCCGAAGGGGUGAGAUCAGUGGAGUAUCCUAGAUGGCUGCUCACAGCUUUUAAGACCCCAGAUGCUACUCACCAAAGUAGAAUAUAGAACGUUUUCUUUAUAUACUAUGUUAUACCAGUUGAGCUAGAUGUUCCCCAAGACCAUGGUCCCCACAAUCCUCAGCCCAACAAUUUAGUCCCUCAGGGAGCUUGGAUGUGUCUGUGGAGUGUCCAUGACCUUGCCUUCGACAAGUUGUGCUGGCUUCCCCAGUAUUGUGUACUGUGUUACCCUUUACCAAAGCUACCGCUUAUCAAUUGUCCAGACUCUUCUUAAUGGUGGUGAGGUCCCCCUGAACCUCUGUGGGAUUGGCCCUUAUAUAAGUCUACUCCUUACCAAUUUAAAGGCAUGAUCCACCCAGCAGGACCACAAACUGACCAGUCGCCUCAAUAGACUGUAAAACCCAGAAAACCAAACCCGUUGCCAUCAAGUCCAUUCCAACUCAUAGCAACCCUAUAGGACAGAGUAGAAUUGCCCAAUAGGGUUUAUACAAGGAGCGACUGGUAGAUUCGAAGGGCUGACCUUUUGGUUAAUAGCCGAACAAUUGGCUAUGCCACUAGAGCUCCCAGUAGACCAUAAGUCACUCAAUUUGCAUAGUCCCAGCCAAUCAUUUUGUGGGAGUUACAAAGCCAUGGCUAGAAAGGCCAUAUAAAAAGAGAUUAAUUCCACUACAUGUAGUCUGGUGGCUUCUUCUAGGUUCUUACAAAUCCAGCUGCCAUCCAGUUGGUCUUGAAUAAUGGUAAUCCCAUGUCUGUCAGAGUAGAACGGUGGUCCAUAGGGUUUUCCUUAUUUCUUUUUUUUCAUAAUACUUCAUUAUGUUUUUGGUGAAGGUUUACAUAGCAGUUUAGGUUCCCAUUCAACAAUUUCUACACAAGUUGUUCAGUGACAUUGAUUACAUUCUUCACAGUGGGUGAACAUUCUCAUUAUAUGUGUUCUGGUUAUGUGUUUUUCAUUGCAUAAAUGUAGCACAGUGUAUCUAAUCAGUCCGCUAGUAUGAUCCAAAAAUUAAAAAAAAAAACCCAAACCCGUUGCCACUGAGUCAAUUCCAACUCCUAGUGACCCUAUAGGACAGAGUAGAACUGCCCUGUAGGGUUUCCAAGGAGCAGCUGGUGGAUUCGAACUGCCAACCUUUUGGUUAGCAGCCAAACACUUAACCACUGUACUUCCAGGGCUCCCCUAGUAUAAUAGAUCAUUAUUGUACUUUGUCACCAUUAGAAUCUUUGCUGCAUUGAACACUUGUACACACACUGUUGUGCAAUUGAGCAAGAUUAGCUGUGGGAUAAGUUCUUAGAAGUUGUAUUGUCAGGUCCCAGCAUAUUAACUUUUAAAUUUUGCUAGGCACAUUAAAACCUGUGAAAGUUGGAACCUAUAUAAGGCGGAAACUUGUCAGAGAAGGAAAACUAAAAUAUUUUCCACUAAUAGAAAGUGAUAGCAAAGUGGGAAGACUGCACCCUGUCAAAGGUGGAAAACUUGGGAGACCCAGAAAAACAAGGCAGUCCCAUAGAGUUCCGGCUCUCAUAGGUUUCACUGUAUUUCUAAAUUACGCUUCAAAAAGGUUAUAUGAAUGUACACACCCACUGGUAGUGUAUGAGAGUGCCUCAUCCCCUGAAAUUAUUAAAUAUAACUGCCCUGUCUUUUGUCUUUCGUUAGGACACAUCUGUUCCACUCUUCUUCCAUGAUUUGUCUCUGUAUCUGCAUAUCUGGGCAUUGGAUUCAGCUUCGUUGCAUGGACAGCAGGGCAGUUUUGUACCCCACGGGUACCCUCACUUUGACUCACUCAGUAGGUGUCACACCAGAAUCCUGGUGGUGGACAAGUCUUUCUUUGGAACAACCUCAGAUGUACCCAGAGAUCCAUAACUCUUCAGAUCAUGUAAUAGUAUAUUAACCUCUCUUAUCUGGAGUAUAAUUUUUAUUUUGGGUACCAUAUUAUUUGUUUUAUACACACACAGUCACGUCAUCAAGAAGAUGUGGUCAGUAGAGUAUUCUCUUAGUACUGAAGAUAGAUACCUAACAUUUAGACACUCAAGACUAAAGAAAACGACCUUAUAAGGGUUUAAAAAGAAAUCAGAGCUGCAAGCCUUCCAUGGCUCCACUUGGUUGACCGGGUCUUUCUUU